UGAGCUAUUUUAUGAUCAUUAAUAAUAAUAAGAUAUUUUACAUUUUUUGUACUAUGUCUUUGAAACCCAUGUACACUACAUUUUACACAUAGAGCACCUCUCAGUUUAAACUAGUCACAUUUUAAGUGCUCAGUAGCCACAUGUGGCAGCCACAUUGGAUGAGUGCAAGGGUGAGCUUCUUAAGGGCAGAGCCGACCCUGAGUGGUCUGUCUUGGUCCUCAGUGCCCAGCUGUAUUUUGCGUUAACCAUAGCAUCGUGGUUAAAACCUGGGCUGGGAGCUCAGCUUUGCCAUUUAACAGCUGUGUUACAUUGGCCACUCCCACUGGGCCUCAGCGCCCUCAUCUAUAAAGUGGUGAUGAUAACAUUUUCAAUAUGGCCCACAAUGUUAACAUGAAUUACAUAUUUUUACAGAUACAGUUUACAGACCUAUACAGACAAAACCGAAGGAGGAAAAUAGCUGGUCCAUGAGUGCACAGGAUGCCUGGAGAGCCUCCUUCUCCCUGGCCUUUUGCCCUGAUUGGAUUUGGGGCCUGAGCCUGUGUCCCCCUCCCCCUCCCAGAGUACUGUUCUGAGCAGAGUCAGGCAGAUUAAUGCUGGUGGACCCAGGGACUGAAGGCUGUUGAGCUUGCUGGGGGUUAUACUGUGCCAAGGGAAUGAUGGUCUGUAGACUGGCUGAGGAUUUAUUGUCCAUUUGGUCAGGGGAUGGGGGCAGCAAGUACGUGGUAGGGUGGGCAUCGGGCCAGGCUGCAGCCCAGGACUCUGUGUGUGCUGGGCUCCCUGGUUCUCUGCCAGGCCAGGGCUGAGGCCCAAGUCUGCUUAGGCCGUGGGGACCUAUAGGGUCAAGCAAGCCUGAUUGCCACCCCUCUUCUCUCUCCUCACACCUUUCAAAUCUUCUGGGAGGAGGUGGGCCUGGAACUGGACCACAAAGCACAAUAGGGAAGGGUAAGAAGCAGGGGGUUCUGGAGUGGGCAAUGGUGUGGCUGAAACGUGAACAAGGCCCACAGAUCAGAUAUUCAUGGUGGGAAGAGCUAACAUUUAUUGAGCACUUACUGAGUGCAGUGUGCUCAUCCCACUGAAUCUCACACUCUUCCCCGUAGGACAUCCCCGUUACCAGCUCAGGGACAGGUAAGUAAGCUGGGGUUGAGAGGGUGACAGCACUCGCCCAAAGCCCCACAGCUGGUAAGAGCCAGGGCUGAGCUUGCAGCCGGCUGUCUGGCUCCAGAGCCCACCUUCUUAACCAGACAUCCGUGUCCUCAUCAAGCUUCCAGUGUACCUCCCAGGCCCGCCAUCUCGUCAGACCCUACUCAGGGCUCAGACUGAGGAGCAGUGCCCCAGGCCCAGAUACUUGCCGCAGACCUGCGUCUGUAUUCGCUGCAGACUGAGAGCAGCACAUCACCUGAGAGAUGCCAGGUGCUUUGCGGCUGUUACUUAUGGGCUCCUCACAGAAGCUGUGAGUUCACGUGGAUUAACUGUAAGACGAGGAAGCUGAGGUUCAGCGAGGUCAGAGCUGUGAAGUGGAGGACGGUGACUUGAACUAGGGUGGGUGGGACUCCACCAUCAGUGUACAGGAGCUACCACCCCUCACAACUGAUCACCCACCCCAGAGAGGUUUUCUGAGUGAGAGGACUCCUGGGGCCAGCCCCGCCCAUGGGCUGUUGGGACAAUGGAACCAGCAUCUUCCUCAAUGGCCUGAAGCUAUCCUCUAGGUCCCCUCCCUGCUGCCCCUGGAGACCAUGCUGGGAGUGGUCUCCUGCAGGUGGUAGUGGUCCUGUGAGCACAGCAGGCCCUGGUGAGGGCAGCUGAGGGUCCAACACCAGGAAUGGGACUUGGGAGGUUCUAGAGGCAGCAGCUGCUCCAGUCACCGAUGCUUACUCUGUGCCCGGCUCUGCCUGGGUUUCCACCCAGACUCACUCUGUUGUGGGAGAAAGACACCAUUAUGUAUUCAUAACCCAACCCAAUUCAUGCCAAGGGAGAAACACAGUAAUGGAGAGCCUUGGGGCAUUUCAGAGUCUUCCCAGGGGACACAGUGCUGGAAUUGGUUCUUGGAGAGCUUGCUGAUUGCAUAAGAGAGGGGAGGGCAUUCCAGGAAAAAGGAACAAGGCCUGGAGGGAGGAACUACUAAAUAGACUUGUAUACUUGGGGCAGGUGGGUGGGAGAGUUGGAAGACUGGCAAGGCCAAGAUCUGAGGAUCCUAGAACGGCCAGCUGAAGAGCUGAGAAGCACCUGCUGGUCGGGCCCACCGUGGCCUGUGGCAGCUGCAGGGGGACAGGCCUCCCAGCACUGCCUGUUGGAGAGUUCAGCAAAGCCCAGACCAAGCCCUGCACAGCACAGUGCUUCCUGGGCCUUCUGUAGAGGAGGGUACAGAUUCUUUUGGGCCAGGCCUGGUGAGGGCUGUGGGAGGUUUUGCAGACCUUCACUUCACCCCCAUCCCUCCCGAGGGCAGCCCUGACGGGGGGUUUGGGGGGUGAGGGUGGGAACAGCAGUCACCAGAUCAGAUGCGUGCUGAGGACAGGAUCCAGAGUGGGCUCUGCCUCGUGCCCCAAGGGCCCCAUGAGGACGUUUGUGGCCCUAGCCCUGUGCCUGCUGUACCUGACAGGUGAAGUCAGCCCUGGUUCCCAGCUGGGUCUGACUCAACCCCUCCUGCAGGCACCAUGGCCCGGAGCAGGGCGCUGCUGCUCCUGCUGCUGUUGCCUCCACAGCUGCAGCUGGGACUGGUGCUCGCAGUGAGGGCCCCUGUGUUUGGCCGAAACGGCGCCCACAACCUGAGCCCUGAAGAGAACGAAUUUGUGGAGGAGGAGCCAGUGCUGGUCCUGAGGCCUGAGGAGCCGGGGCCUGGCCCAGCCACCAUGAACUGCCCCCGAGAUUGUGCCUGCUCCCAGGAGGGUGUCGUGGACUGUGGCGGUAUCGACCUGCGCGAGUUCCCAGGGGACCUGCCUGAGCAUAUCAACCACCUGUCCCUGCAGAACAACCAGCUGGAGAAGAUCUACCCGGAGGAGCUCUCCCGGCUGCAUCGCCUGGAGACUCUGAACCUUCAGAACAACCGCCUGACGUCCCGAGGGCUCCCCGAGGAGGCGUUUGAGCAUCUGACCGACCUCAAUUACCUGUACCUGGCCAAUAACAAGCUGACCUUGGCACCCCGAUUCCUGCCAAAUACCCUGAUCAGUGUGGACUUCGCUGCCAACUAUCUCACCAAGAUCUACGGGCUCACCUUUGGCCAGAAGCCAAACUUGAGGUCCGUGUACCUGCACAACAACAAGCUGGCAGAUGCCGGGCUACCAGACAACAUGUUCAACGGUUCCAGCAACGUCGAGAUCCUUAUUCUGUCCAGCAACUUCCUGCGCCAUGUGCCCAAGCACCUGCCGCCGGCCCUCUAUAAGCUGCACCUCAAGAACAACAAGCUGGAGAAGAUCCCACCAGGUGCCUUCAGUGAGCUGAGCAACCUGCGGGAGCUGUACCUGCAGAACAACUACCUGACUGAUGAGGGCCUGGACAACGAGACCUUCUGGAAGCUCUCCAGCCUGGAGUACCUGGAUCUGUCCAGCAACAACCUGUCGCGGGUCCCGGCCGGGCUGCCGCGCAGCCUGGUGCUGCUGCACCUGGAGAAGAACGCCAUCCGCAGCGUGGACGCGGACGUGCUGACCCCCAUCCGCAGCCUCGAGUACCUGCUGCUGCACAGCAACCAGCUGCGCGCGCACGGCAUCCACCCGCGGGCCUUCCAGGGCCCCAAGCAGCUGAUCCUGCACAACCAGAUCACGGGCAUCGGCCGCGACGACUUUGCCACCACCUACUUCCUGGAGGAGCUGAACCUCAGCUACAACCGCAUCACCAGCCCGCAGGUGCACCGCGACGCCUUCCGCAAGCUGCGCCUGCUGCGCUCGCUGGACAUGUCUGGCAACCGGCUGCACACACUGCCGCCGGGCUGCAACCGGCUGCGCAGCCGGGCUUUGGGUCCCAGUGCCUGGGCCGACCUUGCCCAUCUGCAGCUGCUGGACAUCGCUGGGAAUCAGCUCACAGAGAUCCCCGGGGGACUCCCUGAGUCCCUCGAGUACCUGUACCUGCAGAACAACAAGAUUAGCACCGUGCCUGCCAAUGCCUUCGACUCCACACCCAACCUCAAGGGGAUCUUUCUCAGGUUUAACAAGCUGGCCGUGGGCUCUGUGGUGGAAAGUGCCUUCCGGAGGCUGAAGCACCUGCAGGUCUUGGACAUAGAAGGCAACUUUGAGUUUGGUGACGUUUCCAAAGACCGGGAUCGAUUGAAAGAGGAGGAGGAAGAGGAGGAGGAGGAAGAGGAGGAUGAGGACGAGGAGGAAGAGGAAAGGCGAUAGUGACCAGGACGAUGGACGUCGGACCCCUUUCUGCAGCACGUGCCUGUGCCCUGUGAGCCUCCACUCUGCCCCCCUCAACACAUCCAGCAUUGCACCCCAUGCCCCCCAACACAAGCUGAACACACCGUCUCCCAUCCCCACACCUUCCUGCAGUUUGUGCCACAGCCAGACACUUGCAGAUACCACGACCCACCUACACACAGCCCACUGCACAUUGCCCUCCAAACUCUACCCUCCCCAACCCCCGCCAUCACUCCCUCUGAAUCACACAGAUUCAGGGAAGGGCCUGACCCCACCCUGGCGUGCACAGGCUCACACUUCCUACUCCACACACACGCAUGCGCACACACACACACACACACACACACACAGUCACACAGUCACAUGCAAACGGCCCUCCUUGGCCUGUGCCACAACAGCUCUUGCCCCAGCCAGAAGUGGCCAGAACAUCUUGUCGCCUGCCUGUCCGUCAGUCUGUCCAUCCUCUGGAGAAGACACAGAGUUAUGUCCGAGCUCUCUGCGGCCAGGUGCCUACUACCCUCUGGAACUCACAAAAGCUGGCUUUUGUUCCUUCUCCCUCCCUCUGGGGACGGGAACCUUCAGAACUGCUGCCCCGGCCCCACCCGCCUGGCCCCCAGCUGCUGGGGGAGUCACUCCCUGCCAUUCCCUGGCCAGCCACAGGCACGUCUCGGAUGGGCAAGGCCAGAGGACAGUUCUCCUGGGCCUGCCACGGGCCGUGGGCUGGAGUGAGUGGAGGUCCUGGCGCUGGACUGAGUGAGGAAGGGCCGGCCCCACCCAGGAGACACCACUUUUACUCUUUGGGCCUGCAGGGAGUGCUGGGUACCUUUUUUUUUUUUUUUUAAGAAAAAAGUUAUGAAAACCUCAAAGCUGAUUUUUUUUUUCUACAGAAAAACUAAUAUAAAAGCAUUAGCCCUG